GUCUUGUAUUGAUAUUUUCAGUUAUUAUACAGACAAUAUUCUUACCUUUUAAUUGCUUUAUGAGGAAUAAAAGCCUUUGGAGUCUUACUGGACCUCGACUGGUUUUGCUUUGUAGUGGAUUAAGGUCUUUUAUCGGUCUAUUUUUGUAUGUCCUUUAUUGACAGGAGGCUAACUUACAACCCGGAGUGAUAAGGCUGCAGUAUGGUCUAAGGAUUUGUCCCAAUCAUUGGGACAACACAUCUGUCGGCUGCUUGCUAUAAUCGCCACAGAUAGCUAGAGCUACAAGGAGCUUUUUUUUUAUACCGGAAGUAAAGCUGAGGUCGUCAUGGGGAGCAAAGUCAGCUCCAAAAUGUCUGCUCCCGCUGCCCGAGUUAUACAGGCUGUUCGGCCUCACGCUCCUCUGAUCAAGUUCCCCAAAAGACAAGGCAUCCCCAAGCCCAAUGCCCAAGAGGCGUUGAAAACGUUAGCAGUUAACCUCCCAGCACACGACACUCCAGGUUCCCCUUCAGCUGCAGCGCCGCCUCCAUUAUCAAGACCUCAUGUACCUUUGACCCCAAUCCCAGGCACGCCAGACACCCUGGCCUCUAUUCAGCAACUAACUGCAAGGUACCGCAGGAGACCGUUGACAGUGGAUGAAAUGGACUACAUCCAGCGCGGUGGACCAGAGUGACAUGAAAGUCACUGCAACCAAAGUCCUUAUCUGUUGGAGAUCAGUGUGUGUCUUUAAUUCUGUUCCUCAGCACAAGAGAACCUAAUGCCACAUGAGGCAUGAUGUAGAAUAAAGUAUUUCUUAAAUCCUGUUAAAAUGUACAUAUUUUUAUUUUUUAUUUAUUAAAUCUUAAUUGUAUUUCAAGCUCAUUCUGAAGGACAUCUUCAUUGUAUUACACACAGCAAAGCCAUAACGAUAGCUUCUAGGUUUUCCUUUCCUUAUUUAUUUCACUGCAAUUAUUCCUUAGAUUUCUUGUUUUUGUUAAACCUUAGUCUUAACAUUAUACCAGCUUAAAGGUGGGGUAUGUGAUUCUAAUCCAAAACACGUUUUUUUUUUUGUCAAAUUCAGCGAAUAUCACUGUCUGGAGCCGGUUUGCUGGUGGGAAACCGUCUCGUCCUCUCUGCAUGUUAGCUUAGCAGCAACUGUAGUGACAGUUUUCUAACCCACAACCUAGCAACGAGUAACGUUAGUUACAUUACCUGCUGUGUCGUGGUUUGCUCUCCAUCAUGAUAUUUGUCGUGGUAUUGGAUUUCUCCAGAAUCACAUACCCCACCUUUUAACUCAACAUUUUUCUGGGUUUUAAUGUUGUCAUGCAAUUUGUUUGAGCUUAAUUUGCAAUAAUACCACCAUACCCAAAUCCAAGAACAAGGCUCUGCUACAUAGAAGAAAAAUAUCGGAAGGUUUGUUUGUUUUUCAUGCCUUUCACUGCAAUACACGGAGCGUUUUUUUGGAGCUAAACAAGGCCAAGGAGAUGCUGGAUAUCAAGUUGCAAUAGUACUGAGUGAAAUGAGUUCAUGUGAACUACUGGAUUUAAAUGAUUAAAAGAAAUAUUGUAUUUUGA